UUCUGCUGUCAGUUACGCCCCUAGGCACCCAGGCUGGGGCGGGAGGGGAGACUACAAGUCCCAGGGGGCUCGGCGUGGUCACUCGAAGGGCGGGGGUUACGAAAGAGGAGCCCGAAGGGCGCUGGCGCCUUGGAGCUGGGCACGGGUGGGUCCCAUGAACUUCCAGGCGCUUAGUUGACCACUGACCGCCACGGGCGGGGAGGAUCUGAUGUCUGCAGCACUCGUCCUGCAGGGCAGGCCCCACCCUCCUCGUGCCCCCUGGCAUGGCUCUGCUGCGCCUUGUGCUCCUGGCUGGGCUUCUGGUGGGAGCAGCUGGCACGUCCACAGACAGCCUGGCCCAGCGACCCAAAUGCUGUGUGGACGUGGUGGGCAUCAACAGCACCUGCCCAGGCACAAGCCUCUGUGGGCCAGCUGUGGGCCGGACCACAGAGUUCCCCAUGAACAGGAGUGCAGGCACGUCUGGGUGGCCACACUUGGGGCUCUGGUCACUUGCAGGGGGCCCCCCAGUGGUCGCUGCCCUCUUCCUGGGGACCUUUCUCAUCAGCUCGGGCCUCAUCCUCUCGGUGGCCGGGUUCUUCUACCUCAAGCGCUCCAGUAAGUUUCCACGGAUCUUCCUCAGGAGAGAGAGAGCCCCAGCCCUGCAGCCUGGCGAAGCUGCAGCCAUGAUCCCAGCACCCCAGUCCUCAGUACGGAAGCCACGGUACAUCCGACGUGAGCGGCCCCCAGAAAGAACCUUCUCGAUGGAAGCUCGCAUCAGCAAUGUGUGACCUGGAGACCAUGUGGACCUGGUGACAAGACAUGGCUUUGGGACAGCUGCCUACAAUAGGGACACCAAGCCUGCUACCUUCCCAGCAGUCACAGGAUGCAGUUGCCUGGGCUCUGGCGUUACCAGCAAAGCUGUCCAGGGGGCCCCAGGCUCUAGGCAUGGCUCCCUACUCGCCUGGCCUCCCACCAUGAGAGCUGUCCCCAGAGCAUGGCCCGGAACCUGGAUCCUGCAGAGGACAGAGCCUUUGAGGCCAGCUCCUGGGCAAAGGCAGCAUCAUUGUGCCCCUUGGGGUCUGGCCAGGGCCCUACUGCCUCUGCCCCCAACCAUCUGCUCGCCCAGCUGUGGGCAGGA